AUGUCAAAACCCGUCCAGCCGCCCGGCGGCGAUGAACCCGGCCGCGAAAUCGAGCCCGUCGAUCUGAAGUCGGCGCUUGAGGAGCGUUAUCUCGCCUAUGCGCUGUCGACGAUCAUGCACCGGGCCCUGCCCGAUGCGCGCGACGGCAUGAAGCCGGUCCACCGGCGCAUCCUCUACGUGAUGCGGCUUUUGAAGCUCGAUCCGCAGAGCGCCUAUCGCAAGUGCGCCAAGAUCGUCGGCGAUGUGAUGGGCAACUUCCAUCCGCAUGGCGACCAGGCCAUCUAUGACGCGCUGGUGCGGCUCGCCCAGGACUUCUCGGUGCGCUACCCGCUGGUCGACGGCCAAGGCAAUUUCGGCAAUAUCGACGGGGACAACGCCGCCGCCUACCGCUACACCGAAGCGCGGAUGACGGAGGUCGGCACGCUGCUGCUGGACGGUAUCACCGAGGACUCCGUCGAUUUCCGUCCCAACUACAAUGAGGAAGACGAGGAACCGGUCGUCCUGCCGGGCGCGUUCCCGAACCUUCUGGCCAACGGCUCGUCGGGCAUCGCGGUCGGCAUGGCGACGGCCAUUCCGCCGCACAAUGCCGCCGAACUGUGCGAGGCGGCGCUGCACCUGAUCAAGUUCCCCAACGCGACGAUCGAAAAGCUGGUCGAGUUCGUGCCGGGGCCCGACCUUCCGACCGGCGGCAUCAUCGUCGAGCCGCGCGACCAGAUCCUGGAAGCCUACAGGACCGGGCGCGGGGGCUUUCGGGUGCGCGCACGCUGGCACAAGGAGGAGACCGGGCGCGGCGGCUACCGCAUCAUCGUCACCGAGAUCCCCUACCAGGUCCAGAAGUCGAAGCUGAUCGAGAAGAUCGCCGAACUGCUGAUCGCCCGGAAGGUGCCGCUGCUCGACGAUGUGCGCGACGAGAGCGCCGAAGACGUGCGCAUCGUGCUCGAACCGAAAUCGCGCGCGGUCGAUCCGGACCUUUUGAUGGAAUCGCUGUUCAAGCUGACCGAUCUGGAAAGCCGUCAGCCGCUGAAUAUGAACGUCCUGUCGGGCGGCAUCGUGCCCAAGGUGAUGAACUUGCGCGACGUGCUGCGCGAAUGGCUCGAUCACCGGCGCGAUGUGCUCAUCCGUCGCUCCAGGCACAGGCUGGCCAACAUCGAAAAGCGGCUGGAAGUGCUGUCGGGUUUCCUCAUCGCCUAUCUGAACCUUGACGAGGUGAUCCGCAUUGUCCGCUUCGAGGACGAGCCGAAGAAGGAACUGAUCAAGACGUUCGAGCUGACCGAGGUACAGGCGGACGCGAUCCUCAAUCUGCGCCUGCGGGCCCUCAACAAGCUCGAGGAGGUCGAGAUCCGCAAGGAGUUCGACCAGUUGACCGAGGAAAAGGAUCAGAUCGAGCGGCUGCUCGCGUCCGAGGACGCCCAGUGGAAGACCGUCGGCUGGGAGAUCGGCAAAGUGCGCGACCGGUUCGGCAAGGACACCGAACUGGGGGCGCGCCGGACGGACUUCAGCGAGGCGCAGGAGAUCGAUCUGCAAGCGGUCCAGCAGGCGAUGAUCGAAAAGGAACCGGUCACCGUCGUCGUCUCGGACAAGGGCUGGCUGCGGGCGAUGAAAGGUCACCUUUCCGACUAUGACGGGCUGACCUUCAAGGAAGGCGACCAGCUCAGAACCGCCUUUCCCGCGCACACGACCGACAAGCUGCUGGUCUUCACGACGACCGGCAAGUUCUACACGAUCGGCGUCGACAAAUUGCCCGGCGGUCGCGGCCAUGGCGAACCGAUCCGGCUGAUGGUCGACAUGGACAAUGAUGCGGACAUCGCGACCGCUUUCGUGCACAGGCCGGGGCGCAAAUUGCUGGUCGCCUCAUCGGCGGGCAACGGUUUCAUCGUCGGCGAGAGCGAGGUUUCGGCCAACACCCGCAAGGGCAAGCAGGUCAUGAACGUCAAGAUGCCGGACGAGGCGGUGCUGUGUCGCUUCGUCGAGGCCGGCGACGGCGCAACGCCGGACCAUGUGGCCGUCGUCGGCGAAAACCGCAAGCUUCUGGUCUUCCCGCUCGACCAGGUGCCCGAGAUGGGCCGCGGCAAGGGUGUCCGCCUGCAGCGCUACAAGGAUGGCGGCAUAAAGGACGCCAAGGUGUUCGCCAUCGAAGACGGCCUGACCUGGCAGGACAGUUCCGGCCGCACCUUCACGCGGACAAAGGAAGAGCUGUCCGAGUGGAUGGGCGUGCGCGCCGGCGCCGGGCGCAUGGUGCCCAAGGGCUUUCCGCGCACGGGCACGUUCGGCUGA